GUUGCAGCACUCUCAAUCAUGGUUAUUACACAGUCUGUGCAGGUAUUUGGAAGAAAGAAAACCGCUACUGCUGUUGCUUAUUGUAAGAAAGGGCACGGUCUUAUCAAGGUAAAUGGUCGUCCUUUGGAGCAUAUACAGCCGGAAAUUUUGCGUAUCAAACUUCAGGAGCCACUAUUAAUAUUGGGCAAGGAACGAUAUCAAGAUGUAGAUAUAAGAGUAAGGGUAAAAGGUGGUGGACAUGUCGCUCAGAUUUAUGCUGUCCGACAAGCUUUAGCGAAAGCCAUUGUUGCUUAUUACCAGAAGUUCGUCGAUGAACAAAGUAAGAAAGAGCUUAAAGAACAGUUGGUAUCGUAUGAUCGUAAUUUAUUGGUGGCAGAUCCGCGACGCCGGGAACCGAAAAAGUUCGGUGGCCCUGGUGCAAGGGCUCGUUACCAGAAAUCAUACCGUUAAAAAUGGAUUUUGUUCUCUUACUUCACUUUUUUUGCAAUGAAUAAAUUGUUGGACAUUUGUAAUUUGUCGCGUGGGUGUGUACAUAACAAUUGGC